AUGGCAGAGUCUCUCCCAAUCUCUAAUCGCGCUUUAAAGCGGCUUGGGCUUCCUCCCCCGCACGCAUAUCUUCCCCCACCAGGCCCAUUCUAUGACCCCGAACUGUAUCCGGAAGGUAUCAUCAACCUCUCAAUUGCCGAAAACUCCUUGUUGAGUGAACGACUAAUCGAGCACUUGUCCCGCCCGCUAUCCGCCCUACGCGCUCAGCAUCUACGAUACAGAGCUACUCUGAUCAAGACUGACCUCCCAACCGUCGAAGACCUUCUACCAGAGUACAUCAAUGACCACUUCAACCCCCACGUCCGAAUCACGCGUGAGAACUCGGUCGCGGGCCCGGGGAUUGGUGCAUGUCUUGCCCAACUUGUAUGGGCAUUGGCUGGUGAAGGAGAAGGCGUCUUGAUGAGUGUGCCCUUCUAUGAUGACUAUGUGCGAGACAUCACCCAUCCUUCUGGCGCAACGCUCGUUAUGGCAGAUAUUCCGGCGACGAUAAAUUCGCUGUCGAUAGAUGUUCUUCCUGUUCUCGAUGCCAAGCUACAUGCCAGCUCACAAGGAAUCGGCAUCAAAAUUACUGCCCUCCUCAUUCCCAACCCACACAACCCACUCCCGCAAGUGGUCCAACGAGAAGUUAUUGAAGGCUAUGCGCGCUUAGCGCAAAAGUAUAAUGUCCAUCUCAUCGUCGAUGAAGUAUAUGCCCUCUCAACUUACUCUUCCGCAUACCCACCCGAGAUCAAUGUGCCUUUCGAGAGUAUUCUCACCUACGAUCUCCCCGCCUUGGGCGUAGAUCCUUCUCGCGUUCAUGUCCUUGCAGGGCCAACGAAGGAUUUCGGUGCCAGUGGACUCAAGCUCGGUCUUAUCAUAUCACCUUAUAAUUUACCUCUACUCAACUUGGUUCGCCCACUCUUCAAUGCCACACCAAUCUCUUCACUCAGUGACAUUGCUUUCGCUCGCGUCUUGCAAGAUAAAUCAUUCACGGAGAAAUUCCUCGCCGACAAUCGAGUCCUUUUACGAGAGGCAUACGAAAUAACUGCGGAAUGGCUAAUAUGGCAUGGGCUAGAGUUUACUCGUGCCAAUGCAGCAGUUUAUGUCGUUGUCAAUUUUGCACCAUUUCUUGACCGUAUUGCGCGACCAAAUGCGGACGCGAUUGAAAAGCUCGAUGCGGGUGUCUCGGCGCUCAUACGUGAGCGAGUCUUCAUUAAACCCACGAACCUUAUGGCCGAUCCUGUUCCGACUCGCUUUAGGCUAAUUUUCAGUCAGCCGAGGGAGACUUUACUGCUCGCUUUGCGUCGCAUUGAAAAGGCAUUCAAUGCUCCGGAGGCGCCUCUACCCCUGUCUUCACCCGCUGUCCUUACCACAUUGCAGCAUAAUGGUACUGCAACAAAGCUCAAUGGACAUGGUCAUACCAAAGUUAAUGGCAUAACCUUCACGGUCAAACUCAACAGUAAUGUCGGGCCAGUGAAUGGCUACAGACACAAUGGAGAUGCGAGUUUCGGAACUAACACGGUCAACGGCUAUCUUAAUGGAUUCGAUUAG